UCAAGCCCCACCCCUUUAACCUCAUAACCUCUGGCAGUGGUGGGUGGCCCAGCCAUAACUUCCUUGAACAGGAAUCCCACCCAACAACAUCUUCCGAAUUGUGUAAGGCAGACACUCUGAAGACUCCCAAAAAGAACCAUCUGACCAAAACACCCUUGAACUUGGGAAAAUACGUGAACUACAGGAGACGUGCCUGGCAAGCUUUUGGGAUUUGGACCAUGGUGGGGAAGUAGCAACUCAAGCCAAACCUGAGAAGAAAUGGGUAGCUUAAAUGAAACUCCAGUGAUUUUCUCAUUGCCAAGAAUAGAAUAUCCAGAUGAAGGAAAUUCCGAACAACUAUCUCCCUACUUCUCCGACUCAAAGAUGCAGGAAAAUGAGACCUUUGAUGAAGCACAACCAUCUUGCUCUGGCCUGCAUUUACAGACCAAAUCCAGCUCCAGGACAAAAAGUCAAGAGACCCAGAAACCUCCUUUCCCUUGGAAAACCCUUCUGCCCAAACGUGGCAUUUCCAAACUCAUUUUCCAGGUGGUGGCUUCCGCAGAGAAACGCACCGGUGUAUCCCUGCAAGCUCUGAAAAAGAGCGUCGUUGCCACGGGCUAUGAUCUUGAGAAGAGGAAGAAUUACUUCAAGAGAGUCCUGAGGGCUUUGGUUGCCAAGGGUUUGUUGAGGAAGCUGACUGGCCAUGGUCUAACCGGGUCCUAUGCCAUCAGCAAGAUGAUGAUGAAGGUGCUCAAACGGAGGAAGAGAAGAAGGAGAAGGAGGAGAAGGAAAAGGAAAAGGCAAAAACAGGUAAUCGUAAAUCUCAAGACAAAGAAAGCUGCCAAAAGAAGGAAGAGAAGGAGGAGAAAGAGGUCAAGGAGAAAGAAGACCAAGUCAAAGAACUCAGACUCAUCUGGAUUGUGUAGUCAAAUGCCAAUGACAUCCAGUUUCCACAACUGAAGCUGAUUGUAAGGAAAAAUAAUAAUAAAG